AUGGCUGCCCUCUCAUCAGUGAAUGGAUUAUUUCUCAGAGUCGCAUUUCUGUUGACGAUUUCAUUCUUUUGUUUCAAGAAUGUUAAUAGCAUUUUGGAAAACUCAUACGUCGUCCUUCUUACCCAUUCUAUGAAUCUACCUAUGCUUGCUAUGUCCCCAUACAGUGGUCAAUUGGGUAUAUUUGGUGUUUUGUUUUUAAUGUUGGCAUUUAGCGAUCUGCUCCCAUUAUUGGAAUCAAAUCAAAAGUAUUUUUACUCCAUUGUGCCAGCAAGACUUACGGCAUAUUUCAUAUUGACAGCCCUUUCCUACGUUUGGACUUCAAAUCUUUAUCUGCAUAAUAAUGCAGUAUUUUUAUUCUGCUUCAAUGAAGUUUGGCUAAAUUUUGUCAUCUAUGGUUCUAUUAGAGAGGAGAGAAAUGAAGAGUUCAAGAGAACUACUCAAUUUGUCAAUAACACCGAGAUUUUCCAAGAAGAUGGUGAAGAAGAAGAUGGAGAAGGAGUCCCAUUGACCUCCAUUCAAGAGAUUGAACAAUUGGAAGAUGAUAAUGAACAAGAAUAA